GGGAAGCAGCUGGCUGGGUGUAAAUGUGGACCGUGGUGUGGGGUGUGGGGUGGCUGUACGGCUGUGUGUGAGCUGUGUGGGGACGGCGGUGGCGGUGCGUGUGCACACCUUGAGUUCUGUGCAUUAUCUGUGUCACCUUACUUGUCGCUCUCUACUCCCACUUUCUCCCCUUGCCCCGGGGGCUGAAGCAGAGGACCAGGCUUCCGAAAGGAGGGUGCCAGGUCUGAAGGGAAACUUUUGAGUUGAGCAUGGGAGGGGCAUUUCAGGCCAGAAGUGUCUCUGGGGUUGAUUAAGAGAACUGCAACCUGUUGUUGAAUUCCAUGACUUUCCCUGAGCCCCAGCCAGGUGAGUGUUGAGGAAAGUGAGGGAAAGUGCUCAGUGAGGAUGCUCUCGGAUAAAGUGUGGGAUCUCACGCUUUCCCAGGCUGCCCGCCUAGGCAAUUAUUCCAAAGGAGGGCUGGAGAAUAAUGAAACUAUUAUUGUGAGUUUGCACAUUUCUGUUUGAGAAAUGAGGUUUUAGUUUUAGAAUAUGGAAUUGUCAGUAAAUGAAGCAGGUGCAUCUAAAAUGAUACCUCCACCACUGUGUCCCUUAAGGUGUCCCUGCCAUCCCCCCCCCCCCCCGCGCUAGUAUUCACAUUAUCAUUUCAAUGACCCUUGACUUCCUCUACAGUCACUUCUUUUUCUGCGAAUGUUAUAGAUAGGAACCUCCAAAGGUUAACAUUAGGGCGUUCAAAUUCAAGAUUUGUUAAAUCGACUGCUAUUUCAAUGGCAUCACACAUCAGAUGGCCUUAGAUCUUUAUAGGCCUUCCUUUCAAUGCAGCAGAGGAGUGGACGUGGUAGGAGAUUUCUGUUCAUGACUUCAGGUGGGAAAGUAAUAGAACUAAAUUUGGCAUCUUUGAGAGUUAGUAAUUUUCAGUCUCUCUAUGUGUGUGUGAGAGAGAGAGAUGACAUGGAGGAAGAGAGAAACGGUUAACAUUGGCCGGAUCCAGGGGAGGAAGCCUGAAGAAGAAUGGCCAGCUCCACUUCUCACCACAUGGUCUGUGGGUCAGUGACAUUUAGGGAUGUGGCUGUUGAGUUCUCUCAGGAGGAGUGGGCCUGCCUGGAUGCUGCUCAGAAGGCCCUGUACAGGGACACAAUGUUGGAGACCUACAGCAACCUCGUGGCAGUGGGAAGAAUGAGAGACUCCUUGGUUGGAAGCAGGAGCCACGUGCCUGCUUUUGCCCAUCUCUUGGGGACGCCCUCCUUGAGCUCUCGGUUCAGUGAGAGACUCUGUUUCGUGAAAUUAAACAGAGAUCCCUCAAAGAAGACACCUGACCCGGACACAGUGGGAAGCUGCAUUUCCAAGCCCGAUCUGAUCGUCUUACUGGAGCAGCAGAAAGAGCCCUGGAUGGCUAUGAAGGAAGUAACACACAGGCUGAGCCCAGAUUUGGAGUCACGUUAUGAAGCUGAAAAUAUGUCUCCAGAAAACCAAACUCAUGAUAUAAAUUUAUUCAAGCAGAGAAUAAAGCAAUUAAGUAAAACUUUUGACCUUAAGGUUUGCAGUUUUACUAAUGGCCCCAACUGUAUUAUAUUCAAGGGACUACAGAGUUCUCAAGAAGAAGAUGCUGGCCAACAGAUUACUAACAAGGCAGAAAUGCCUCCUUAUUCCUGCCAGACUCUUGCUCACAACAUAGAAAAGCCAUAUGAAUGUAAAGAGUGUGGGAAGUGCUUUGGUUGUAGGUCAACUCUUACUCAGCAUCAGAGUAUUCAUACUGGAGAGAAGCCCCAUGAAUGUAAGGAGUGUGGGAAGGCCUUCAGACUCCACCAGCAGCUUGCAAGACAUCAGAAAUCUCACAGUGGUGAGAGACCUUACAAAUGUAAUGAAUGUGAAAAGGCUUUUCAUCUUCCUUACCUGCUCAAGUACCAUAAAACCAUUCACACAGGUACAAAACCAUUUGAAUGUGAAGAGUGUGGGAAAUCCUUCAAGCGUGUCUCCCAUCUUGUUGAACAUAGGACUAUUCAUGCUGGUGUGAAACCCUAUGAGUGUAAUGACUGUGGGAAAGCCUUUAAACGUCGCUCAUACCUUAAGCAACACCAGAAAAUUCAUUCUGGUGAGAGACCCUUUCAAUGUAAGGACUGUGGAAAGGCCUUCACUGUUCUGACACAGCUCACACGGCACCAGAACAUUCACACUGAAGACAAAUCAUUUGCAUGUAAGCAUUGUGGGAAGAUAUUCAGUUGUAGCUCAUUCCUCUUGCGGCACCAGAGUAUUCAUACCGGUGAGAAACCCUUUGAAUGUAAUGCAUGCGGCAAGACUUUUAGGCUUCAGGUGUACCUUAAUGAGCAUCAGAAAACUCACACUGAUGAGAAACCUUUCAAGUGUAAGCUGUGUGGGUCAGCCUUUAGACGUAAGGACCAACUUAAUGAACAUCAGAAAAUUCAUUCUGAUGUGAAACCCUAUCAGUGCAAGGACUGUGGGAAAUUAUUUCGCCGAAAAUCAAGUUUUACUGAGCAUCAGAGCAUUCACAGUGAAAAGAAGCCCUUCAACUGUAAGGACUGUGGGAAGGUCUUUAGACUUAAUAUACAUCUCAUGAGACAUCAGAAGUCUCACAGUGGGGAGAGACCUUUUGAGUGCACAGAGUGUGGAAAGGCUUUUCAUCUUCCCAGCCAGCUUAAUUACCAUAAAACUGUUCAUACAAAUCAAAAACCAUUUGCUUGUGAAGAAUGUGGGAAGUCCUUCAAGCAUGCCUCCAGCCUUGUUGAACAUAGGAUUAUCCAUGCUGGUGUGAUACCCUAUGAAUGUAGUGAGUGUGGAAAAGCUUUUAAUCAUCGCUCAAACCUCAAGCAACAUCAGAAAACUCAUUCUGGUGAGAGGCCCUUUCAGUGUGAGGACUGUGGAAAGGGCUUCACUGUCCUGGCGCAGCUCACUCGGCACCAGAGCAUUCACACUGGAGAGAAGUUGUUUGAAUGUGAGCAGUGUAGAUCCACUUUCCGACUUAAGUCCCAACUCAAUCAGCAUCAGAGAAUUCAUAUGGAUGUGAAACCCUAUCAGUGCAAGGAAUGUGGAAAGGGCUUUGUUCGUGGUACAGCCCUUAGGAUUCAUCAGAGAAUCCACACUGGUGAGAAACCAUUUCAAUGUAACAAAUGUGGGGAAGCCUUUCAAUAUCACUACCAGUUUCUUAGACAUUUUAGAACUCAUACUGGCAAGAAUCCUUCUGAAUGUAAAGAAUUGUGGCAGAGUUCCUUAAAGUACAACAAAGAAUUCACACUGGUGAGAAACCUUACAAAUGUUAUUAAGACUUGUGAAGGUCAUUAGUCAAAAAAUCGAGCUUGGUUUGACAUACUAAAAUUCAUAUUAGUAAGAAGUCUUAUGAUGUAAGACAUGGAAAGGCCUUUAGCAAUAUUGCUAAGCUAGCUCUAUAUUGGGGAAUUCAUACUGGUGAGAAACUGUGAAUGUGAGAAGUGUAAGAAUAUGUUUAGAUUUAGUUCAGUCUUCCGCGCAUAGUGGAGAGUUCUGAAGUGGAAAUGUCUGCGUUUGGGUGGGGGGACUCAAUUGGGUCAUGUGAUGUUGUUCUGAAAACUGUCUUAUGAGAGGAUAUUGUGCUGAGAACAGACACAUGGUGUUUUUCUGGAAGCUGCCUGGUGAAAGGGCAUGUGAUGUUUUGCUGGAUAGGAAAUAUGAUGUUUGGAAAGAGUAUUAUGACCCAACAGAGAGUGUAGGACACUCUGGCAUUGGUUUGCCUUACCACUCUUUGCUGGUCUUUGUUGGACUUUGCUGACACUGGUCUUCAUUGAUGAUGCUGUGACAUUAGUUCACCUCGCCUUCUUUGAUGAUCAUUGCUUACUGUGAUUUGUAGAGAGAAAUGUACCAAAGAACUCUGAUAUUCUAAAGGCUUGUUGCCACUUCAGAGGACUGGGGCCAAUUGACGGAGCCUUGUGGUUUCUUCUGGAUAGAACUGUCAUCCAAGUGGAUCAACCUACCGCUGCUGAUUCGUGUGAACUCAACUGCUGAUAUCUGACAAUGAAAAUUGUAAUCACCUAAAGAUCUAUUUCUAAACAGGUCCACAUCUGCCUUUGCCCUAUUAACCUUUCCUUGCACCACCUCUGGUGGCUGUUGGACUAGAAGGGAGGUUAAAGUAUUUAAAAACUCUUAUUAAAAUAGGCUUUGAAACUCUAA